UCUUCAUCUCUCACUUCAUGCUCAAAUCCCUUCACCUCACCAUUCUCUUUCCCCACCCCACUUUCACUUUCUUCUUUCCCUUAAUUCCUCUUCCUUUCCCUUUCCCCCAUGUCGCUAGACGAGAACAUGGCUUCAUCCUCCAAUGGCAUCCCAACUUCCCCUUUCUUCCAUCCUAAUUUCAUUCUCCAAUUACAUGAUGAACAAAACCCCACCAUGAACUCCCUUAAUCCCCUCUUCCCUUCAAAUCCUCAUGACUUCUCAAGAGGGAUGGUGGCAAUGAUGGGAAGAAGGUCAGUUACCUUUUCUGGUAAUGCGGAGGGCGAAGACGAUCUCUCCGACGAAAGUUCACUGCCGGGGGAGAAGAAGAGGAGGCUGAAUAUGGAGCAGGUGAGAACACUUGAGAAGAGCUUUGAGCUAGGGAACAAGAUAGAACCAGAGAGGAAGAUUCAACUAUCUAGAGCUCUUGGCCUUCAGCCAAGGCAAAUUGCUAUAUGGUUUCAAAACAGAAGGGCAAGGUGGAAGACAAAGCAACUUGAGAAGGAUUUUAAUUUACUUAAGAGAAAGUUUGAUGCAAUCAAGUCCGAUAAUGAUUCUCUUCAGUCUCAGAAUAAGAAACUCCAAGCUGAGAUCCUAGCUCUUAAAGGUAGGGAAAGGUCAGAACUAAUCAAUCUGAAUAAGGACAUAGAAGGAUCUUGCAGUAAUAGAAGUGAGCAUAGUUCAGAUAUCAACUUGGACAUCUCAAGACCAUUAACGGACCAACUAAAUCAUAUUCAAAGCAUAUCAUUUUUUCCGGCGAUCCGGCCGCUGCCCACAAUGUCACAGUUCUUACAUGGAUCAUCGACAAGACCAGAGCUCCCAGAAGAGAACUUAGGCAAUUUACUCUGCGGUAUGGAAGAUCAAAAUACCUUUUGGUCAUGGCAUGAUCACCCCAAUUUCCAUUGAUGGCCUAAAGUUCAUAAAUGUUUUAUCACUUUUUUUAUCCUUAUCAUAAUUAUUCUUAUUUCAGUUAUUUAGAGUCAGAUUAAAUUUUCAUGUAUGGAUAUGUAGAGAAGUACCAACUUGUAUUAUUGAGUUGUGGCAGGGAAAGGAGCUAGGAGUAAUAAGGAGAAAGAUAUAUGUUGGGAGAUUGUUCUCGAGUCUUUCCAUUUUUUCCCAUUCAAUCCACAUUGGUUAAGAGGAUGUGA